AAUACUCAAUGUUUUUACAUUUGGAUCGAUUCAUAGCGAGAAAUGUAUGUCGAUAUAUUUAUUAAAUAUAUAUAUAGUAAAGAAAUGAGUCACGUGAGCUAAGAAUCCACGGGCUGAAUCCCGUCGUCGGACAAAUUCUAAUUCCGUCUGUCGCGUUGAGACUCGCGGGCAAGUUAACACUCGCUUUUACAUACUUAAAAUUUAUUAAAUUGUAAAUCAUCUACUUUGAUUAAUAAAUCUGUUUGACAGUCCUAUUAAUUAAUAUUCCUCGAUUAAAUUAAUUCGUCCAAUUUGUUCGGAAUUUAUUUUGGCAGUAAAAUGGCUCGGUAAUUAAUUCAUUUUCGGGAUAUUAAUUUAUUAAUCAUGAUUCACGUUGACGAAAGUGAUCCCGUUGGUGAAAUUGAACCAGCAUUUCCUUAUAAAGAUGUUACGGUGCGGCGUGAUGAAUUUAAUAGCAAUUAUGAAUUGCAAGAAGAAUUGGGACGAGGAAAGUUCGGAACAGUGUAUCUAUGUAAGGACAAAAAGAAUGGGCUAAAAUUAGCUGUGAAAAUCGUAAAUACAACCAAGAAGGAAGACAGACGCUCGGUGGAGCGCGAAGUUGAAAUAAUGCGCCGGUUACAGCAUCCCCGGUUAAUUCAAUUAUAUGACGCAAUUGAUAAUACUAAGCAGUUUUAUGUUGUGUUAGAAUUGAUUGAAGGAGGAGAAUUGUUUGAGAGAGUGAUUGACGACGAUUUUGUUCUUACUGAAAGAAGUUGUGCGGUUUUUAUGCGGCAAAUUUGCGAAGGGAUUGAAUUUGUACAUUCACAAAAUAUUUUACAUCUUGAUAUGAAGCCAGAAAACAUCUUAUGCUUAACCAAAGAAGGUAACCGAAUAAAAAUAAUAGACUUUGGACUGGCCAGACAAUUUGAUCCAAGAAAAAAACUCCAGGUUCUCUUUGGAACUCCUGAAUUCGUAGCGCCUGAAGUUGUAAAUUUUGAUCAGAUUGGAUACGGAACUGAUAUGUGGAGCAUUGGAGUGAUCUGUUACGUUCUGUUGUCGGGACUGUCGCCCUUCAUGGGAGACACUGAUGUCGAAACAAUGGCGAACGUAACAAUCGCUAAGUACGACUUCGAUCACGAAGCUUUCAACAAUAUUUCAGAGGAUGCCAAAGAUUUCAUACGUCGCUUGCUCGUUAAAGACAAAGAAAAACGAAUUUCGGCACACGUUUGUCGGUUCCACCCGUGGUUGGCGCCAAAAUCAAAUUCAAAAACGAAGAAACAGUCACCAUUGAAGAAGAAGAAAAAGACAAAGAAAGUGGCGCCACUUGUUGUGACUCCAGCGUCGCCUGUAGUCAAAAAUAAAAGCGAACUGGACGUGACGAAAGACAACUUGAAGCAGUUUGUCGAAAGAUGGCGGGACCACCCGAACAGUCCGUAUCUCUUCGAGGACAAUGGAACAGUCGAGAGAGAGGGGGACAGGUCAAUGUCCUUGAAAGGUCAAAGCCCCUCCCCUCCUGAGAGUAUUUGUAGUUUGACCUCAGAGGGCGCUUUUGACGACAGAUUGUUUCUUAAUGUUCCCAAUUUGGCGUUCGAACGUCGCGCCUCUGAGGGUCAGGGCCAGGAGUAUCGAGAUCCGGCUUCUCAGAUAAAAAUUGCUGAGGAAAUUAUUAAACUAUCGGAGCAUUUGAGGUUACUGGCUAGUCGGGAGGGGAAUAACAAGAUGGCGGGUGAUAUGGCAAAUAUGGAUAAUAUGGCAUAUGGAGAAGGUAAAAGUAAAAAGGUGGAAAGUGAAAUUGAGAAAAAUAUGGCAGAAAAUACUAAUAUGGCAAAUAUGGGUGAUAUGGCAAAUAUGGCAAAUAAUAUGGCAAUUGGACAAAACAAAAAUUUAAUGAAAAGGGAAAAAAUUGAGAAAAAUAUGGCGAAUAUGGGUAAUAUGGCACAAAAUAUGGGUAAUAUGGCAAAUAUGGAUAAUAUGGCACAAAAUAUGGCGACUAGAGAGAAUGUUAGUUUAUUAAAGGGGAACAAAAUUAAGAAAAAUACGCCAGAUAUGGAAAAUAAGGCAAAUAUGGCACAAAAUAUGGCAAUUGGAAAAGAUAGUGGUCUAUUAACAGGAGAUAAAAUAAAGAAAAAUACACCAAAUAUGGAAAAUAUGGCAAAUAUGGGUGACAUGGCAACAAAUAUGGCAGAUCAGAAUACUAGUAAAGCAAAACGGACCAAUAUGCCAAAUAUGGAAAAUAUAGGUAAAAAUAUGGCAAAUAUGGCACAAAAUAUGGAAAAUAUGGCAGAUAUGGCACGAAAUAUGGCAAAUAUGGGUGAUAUGGCAACAAAUAUAGCAGAUCAGAAUACUAGUCAAGUUAAACGGCACAAUAUGGCAGAUCAGGAUACUAGUCAAGUUAGGCGGACCAAUAUGUCAAAUAUGGAGAAUAAGGGUAAAAAUAUGGCAUAUAUGGCAAAUAUGGCAUAUGGACAAGAUGGUAGUCAAAUGAAAGCUCUUGAAACGGAGAGUAAAGUUUCCUCAACAAAAUCCAGCCGAGUGUUGAUAAACACGUCAGAAAGUGAAACAAAUGAAAUAAAUGAAAAAUUAAGUGCCAUAACUCGAGACAGAAAAUUAAAUGGCACAAAAUUUAACCCUCACAAAAGUUUCCAGGAAACUGUGUUCAACAGAUUUGACCGAGAGGACGUUGACAUCGACCUGACGCCGCCAUGGCGGAAAGCCAGGGCCAAACAUCGGUUCGGCGAAACUUGCCGAGAUGUCCCGAGGAUAACUAACCUGCAAAAUUUGCACAAGACUAUGAAUUUAGACGAGCCAAACAGCGCGAAAAAUUUGUUAUUGAAGCUGUUGGACGAGUGGGACCAAGAGAAGCCGAGGGGGUCAGCACUGCCCAGGAAGUCGAUAAGUGUCGACUGGAACGACGAGUCGAUUGGCCGACGGUCGAUCAAUUCUUUGGCGCGGUAUUUUCAAACUGUCCAAAAGUCGCGGGAAUUUAAAUGAGAGAUCGGUGUUAUUUUUUGAGGAUUUUUUUGAAUUUUUGAGAAAUUUUACAGAAAGCGACCCAGUGCGGUUCAAUUGCAGGAACAUCGGUGGCUCGCUAAGGCUUUGGAGAACCCUAUUUCCAAAGUUAGACUCAAGAGAUAUGUUAUCAAGAAACGGUGGGUCAAGGCCGUCAAUACUAUUCUUGCUCUUCAGAGAAUGGGCGCUCAUAUUAAUUUUGAUCUUAUUUGAAUAAAAUUUGUUAGAAAAAUA